AUGCCCAUAUUCCAGGACGAUCUCUACCACUCGCCGCCCGUUCCCAAUGCAUCAUCCACUGCAACAGAACCAAUCUUGCUGCACCAGCAAAUCAACAUGCCGUCCCUGACGAGGAAGCUAUCUGAAGAGAGCAUCCGGACUGAACUCUGCGAGGGCCCCGUUCUCGAAAGCCCAAGGCCCUCAACCCCCGAGAGUGAUGCCGCCGCAAUCACGUCUGAUCGCGCCGAGUUGAUCGAGCGCCUGAAGCGAGGAGAGAGUCCGACUUGGGUUCCGAACCGCCUUUUAGGAUCACCUCGGAGCCCCAGAGAUGGUCCUUUUGCCCACAACAUCACUCAGCUCGAGUCGCUGUUCAAUAACUUGCCCCGUCCAACCACCCCACGAAGCUCGCGUCCGCCGUCGAGCUCGUCUAGCUUACUACCGCCGGCGAGUAUCACUCCGGAGAAAUUGGGUGGAUUACGGGACGACGACGAGAGGGUGCGCGAGGGAUUGAGCAUUCAGAGACCGAGGUCUGCUCUGCACAGUGGCGACUUCACCGAGGACCGGUCGCGGGAGAAGCAGCAAGGGCCGCAGGAGGAAGAGGUGGAGGGGGGCGGCAGCGACCGCAGAACCACUCAGUUCUUCGCAUCUCGCAACGCGUGGAUCGCAACGUCGCCCCCGCGAGACUUUUCCUCGUUCCAGUUCGACGGAAGGAUACCUUUUGUGGCCGCGCAUGACGACUACAGAUCUGUGCCUUCGUCUUUGUCCUCGUCAUUCUCGUCAAGUUUCGUGUACAAGCCGCCGACCAGCCCGCUAGUCCAGUCCGAGAGCAAUGAUGACGCUGACCUGUCGAUACCGCUGCACGGCAUCGACAUCGCGACGAGCCCCCUGAACGUGAACUUGCGGAGGCACACGCUGAACUCGGUCGUCCCUCCUCCGUUUGCUGUCCCGCCGCUGAGCCACCCUGCGCUUCACAGGCAGUCCUCGCAACGAGGGACGGCACUGCCGUACCAAGCACACCAACCACGGCGGUCCCUCACAUCCGCGCCCCAAGUGACGCUAUCCGGCACCUCACCGCAAACGCCCGCGUUUCUUAGACCUAGGCGGCCCUCGUUCAAUGCUGAAACUUCUCCAUUGCAGCAUGCGUCCAUGGUCGGGUCCUAUGAAGAGAGCAUCCUCCGGGGUCGAAUGUCGACGACGCCGUCGAAGCCACUCAAUUUCCUUGCGCAGAUUGGCGUGCUGGGCUUGGGGAAGUGUAAGUCCAGCUUGAGAUGUCCGGCCCACGUCACAUUACCUUUUCCCGCGGUAUUUUACAGCUACGGAGGAGCAUCGCAAGGCCGUGUGCGAUCAGAAGACGGGCCAAGUCCAUACGUUGGACAAAUUGACCUGGAAAACGGUCUGCCGAACCCCGAAGAGGGGCAGCGUUCCCGGCGGAAGUUGCAGGCCAGAGUCGCUGAGCGGAGGGCUGUGGAAGACGACGUGGCCAUGGGCGACGGCCCUGCGAUGGUAGAUGGCUCGGAUCGUGAGGCACGCAAAACGCAACGGGCAAGGCGGAGAUCAGGGUCGCCUAGGGCGCCGCCUGGUGGGAGUUAUCGGAUACCCGAGAAGGGCCAGAUCCAAAUCAUUAUCAAGAACCCGAACAAGACGGCUGUCAAGCUGUUCCUGGUCCCGUAUGACCUCGCUGGCAUGGAGCCUGGGACGAAAACCUUCAUCCGACAGCGGAGUUAUUCGGCUGGCCCCAUCAUUGAGAACGCGCCUGGGCUCGCCGAGGCCGUGGGUUCGGAUCGGCCGAUCCUGCGCUAUCUCGUGCAUCUACACAUUUGCUGCCCAGCCAAAGGGCGGUACUACCUUUACAAGAGCAUUCGGAUCGUUUUCGCCAACCGGGUGCCCGAUGGCAAGGAGAAGCUGCGCAACGAGACCACAUGCCCCGAGCCGCGGUACACGCCGUACAAGCCCAUUCGUGCGAUGCACUCACCACUAUCCAACAGCAGCGGCCCCGCAGCAACACUUGCUGCCGAGAAGGCUUUCAGGAGGCGGAGCGCUGGCUUCUCGCUAGGCCAAUCUCUACACGGGUUCGACACAUCGGACGGGCUCUCGCAAUCACCGCAGGCAACAGGGAAACAGCCGUCGCCUUCUCCAUUCAGCUUUGGCGGCAACAACCAGCCGGUGGAUACCAUCCCAUUCGCUCUGCCGGGGCGGGCUCGUCUAGGAAGCAACACCAGCGACAGCACAAACACCACUACAACUCCGGGCAUACUCUCGCCUCAGUCGUCACAGCCAAGCAGGCCAACAACCAAGGACGGCUGGGAAGCUCACAUCGCUCGAUACGAGAAGCUAAACAAGGGGGAUGUCGGAUACGGCGGCAACCUUUUUGCUCCAUCUGGGCGCGGAAGCCCGGGAGGCACGGAAGGAUUACUUUCUCGACGCCUUCGGUCCCUAGGAGUACAGAACCAGGGCGAGCUGUCCUCAGAUCGUCGGGACAGCUCGGAGUAA